GGGAGCUGCACAGUGGAAGUUGGUUGCAAUGCAGCUCUCAUUUUACCUUUAUUUCAAGAGGUUUCUUUUUAGCCAACUGCUGAGUGUAUUUGCGUGACUUGUGGUGUCAGCUGUUUGGCAGUUUUUCCUGCAUUUCGAAACUUGAGACAAUGCAAGACUAUGAUGAAGCCAUCGCUUUCCUGGGAGAUUGGGGAACCUUCCAGAGAACUGUGUUGUUUCUGUUGAGUCUCAUCGUUUUGCACAACGGCUACACUGGUCUGUCUAUGGUGUUUCUGGCAGACACCCCUCAGCACCACUGCCGUCUGCCUGACUCUCUGAACAGAACCACUGGAGAAGCUAAUCUGAGUUCACUGCUGCCUGUAGAGGAGGUGGAUGGUGAGAUGAUCUACAGUCGAUGUAGAAGAUACAAAACUCCUGCAACAGAUGCUUUAAAUGCCACAACACCUGAGACUGAGCCCUGUGUGGAUGGCUGGGAGUACAGCACUGACAGGUACAUCUCUACUAUUGUCACUCAGCAGUGGGAUCUUGUCUGUGAGAAUAACUGGAAAGGACCAUUUACUACGUCAGUAUUUUUCUUGGGUGGUCUGUGCGGUUCAUUAUUCUCAGGACAAUUUUCUGACAGGUAUGGGAGAAAAACUACUCUGUUUAUAGGCAUUACAGUGCAGCUAGUCUUCGGUCUACUUGAAACGGCCUCUCAGAGCUGGGAGAUGUUCUGUGUACUGCACUUUGUUGUUGGUUUUGGAUCUUCUUCCAUCUAUAUAUCUACUUUUGUUUUAGGAUCCGAAAUCCUCAGCAAAUCUGCGAGGGUUGCUUUUGGAACACUUGGCAUCAGUAUGUUCUUUGCCUUUGGUUACAUGUUGCUGUCUCUAGCUGCAUAUUAUGCCAGAGAUUGGUGCAUGUUAACACUCGCCUUGUUUCUUCCAAAAAUUCUGUAUGUGCCAUUUUGGUGGUUUAUACCUGAGUCUCCUAGGUGGCUGUUUUCUCACGGCCGAGUGAAAGAAGCAGAAGCAAUACUGCAAACUGCUGCUAAGAAAAAUGGUAUUAGAUAUCCUGGAAUGAUAUCUGAGGCUAAAGAUGUUAUACCGUACAUGCUGCAGAAAGAUGUGACUAACAAUAUACGUGCAUACAACUUCUUGGAUUUGUUUCGAACGUCCAAUAUAAGAAACAUCUCUAUCAUAUCCUUUGUCAUAUGGUUUGUUGUAACCAUUGGUUACUAUGGGUUAUCUCUGAACACUUCCAACUUGUACGGAGACCCCUACAUUAAUUGUUGUAUCAGUGGUUUUUCUGAAAUUGGAGCAUACCUAGUAGCCUGGUGGCUGCUGCACAAAGCAUCUCGAAGAAUUGCGAAUAGUUCCAUGUUGUUAGUUGGUGGAGCUCUGUUGCUGCUGACUUCAAUAGUGCCUGCAAAUCUACAUAUAAUUGCCACUGCGCUGGCAAUGAUUGGCAAAUUGAGUAUAUCUGCCACCUUUGCUAUAAUCUUUGUUUACUCAUCUGAGCUAUAUCCAACUGUUGUGAGAAACAUGGGCAUUGGGACAUGUUGCAUGACAUCCAGGAUUGGUGCCAUACUCGCCCCAUAUUUUGUUUACCUCGGAACAUUUAACAAGAUGUUACCUAUUAUAAUUAUGGGUAUCUUGACACUGAUAGCUGGAGUUCUCAGUUUAAUUCUACCUGAAUCACGUGAGGUCUCUCUUCCAGAGAUUAUUGAGCAGGUUCAGCCAUUAGCAUGCUUUGCCACCAAGAAGAAGGAUUGUGUUACAACAGUGAAAAAGGAUGAGAACGCUGAAAUGGAACUAGAGUUUCAGUUCAAAGCAGAGCCUUUAAGAAUAAUUAUAAAAUAAUAGUUUUUAAAAGAGAAAUGAAAGUGAAGAGAUAAAACACCUCAAGAUUUAAUCUGGCACUGUUGAAUUCAUAUCAGAAGAUUUGGUAUCAUUGUAUUGUCUAAUUUGUACUCCCCAUAGUAAUAUAUUAAACUAUGAGCAUUAAUUUUGAGAUAUUUUCAAGGAUGUAAAACACAGAGAGUUCACAGUUGAAUUGAGUGUUGCGCAUUUCUGGAAUUUGUCAUUGUAAUACACUUGCUAACAGCAACCUUUUAUGUUUACAUCAUAUCUUUUCAUGUCAGGAGGAUGUCUCAAUGUGCUUAAAAACCUGCACAACACCUUGUGAGCACAAAGUGAAGUUAAUUGAUAACUUACAGAAAUAUAAGAGCAGGAAUAGACCAUUUAGCCUCUCAAUCUACCUCUGCCAUUGUAUUAGUUCAAUACUUAUCUAUCUCCAUCUUAAAAUCUUUAAUAGAUUCCGCAGUACCUCAGGCGCUGGCAGCGCCACCAUCCAUGGAUGCACACUCCACAA